AAGUAGUCAACACACGCACGCGUCUCGUAAGGAUCGAAAAUCAACCGUGGAAGAAGGGAAAAGAGAAGCCAGCCCAAAAUUGAAGCAAGAAGAGAGAGAGAGAGAGGGAGAGAGAGAGAGGGAGCGGAGUUGAGCUGUUGAGGAGUAGUAGCAGAAGUAAUCGCCAUGAAUUUGUUCCGGCUAGCUGGGGACAUGACCCACCUUCUCAGUAUAGUGGUCCUUCUUCUCAAGAUCCGCAAUAUGAAAUCUUGUGCUGGAAUUUCACUGAAAACUCAAGAACUGUAUGCUUUAGUUUUUCUCACUCGGUAUCUUGAUCUGUUUACCAAGUAUUACUCUAUAUACAACACUGCAAUGAAGCUAGUAUUCAUUGGGACUUCAGUAGCAAUUGUCUGGUACAUGAGAUAUCAUAAAGUUGUGAAGCAAACCUAUAGCAAGGAUGAAGAUACUUUUAGACAUUACAUUCUGAUACUCUUAAGCUUUGUGCUAGCCCUUUUGAUUCACCGUUCCUUUGAUGUGAUUGAGGUUUUAUGGGCAUUUUCAAUUUAUCUUGAAGCAGUGGCUAUCUUACCCCAAUUGUUAUUACUGCAAAGGUCAAGGAACAUUGACAACUUGACUGUCAACUAUGUUUUCCUUCUUGGUACUUACAGAGCUUUGUAUAUCAUCAAUUGGAUUUAUCGCUUCUUUGCGGAGAGAAUUACAUUUCGCUGGAUACCUUGGAUUUCAGGCCUCAUUCAGACUGCUCUCUUUGCUGACUUUUUCUACUACUACAUAAAGAGCUGGAAGACUCAGGAGCAACUUAAGCUUCCUGAAUGAAGCUGUAAUUGAAGUUACACUAACAGAAGCUAAGUUGCUACCUUGUGACACUGGAGGUCGAAAUUGCAAACACGACACACUUUUAUAAAUUAUCAACUAGUGAACAAAAGUUCAUCCCAUAUCCCAUGGCAGGGAGUUGUAGAUGACAUGUAUUUUUUAUUUCAGUAGAGAGGAUUUUGUUGUGGUUCCAAUUUGCUAUCUCAUCCAUCAAGCUUAGCGGUUGAUUCAACCAAAAGAGGCACAAAAGAAACUUGUCUUUUUUACCAGCUUGCAGAAAAUCUCUGAACCUUUUUCUUGGA